AUGGAACCAAUUGGUGGCACAGCAAUUACAGCAGUAGAUUUUGAAUUCGAAAGCAAGUCACUGUUUGUUGCCGAAUCGUCUGGUCCAAAUCGUGGCAUUUACAAAGUGACGCUUGGCAGCGGCGAAGUGAAGACUAUUGUCAAGGACAGCUUCGGGUCGUUCACAAUACGAAGCAUUGCUGUGGAUUGGAUUAACUGUAUGCUUUUUGGGAUGAAACUAUUUCCCAGGAACAACAACCUGUAUUUCAUCAAUGUGGAUUCGGAUCGCACUCAUAUCGAAGUGUGCCAGCUGGACGGAAAGCAUCGUAAAAUACUGCUAUCAACGAAAACGGAAACGCCAACGUCUCUUGCAGUGGAUCCAAUUGGAAGAUAUCUCUACUGGGCUGAUCAAGGGCAGAAACCGUCUAUUCAGCGUGCACUUUUGGAUGGAAGUAAUCGUCAAGUGAUCGUGCAUGGAAAUAUUGCCGAGCCAACAGAUUUGAUUGUGGAUCCAAACAGCCAUAUGGUAUAUUGGACUGAUGCAAAGCUUGACGGGAUAUAUCGUGUUCGUGCUGAUGGUGGUACACCAGAGCUGGUGAGAAACGACAUUGCUGCAGCGGCGGGUAUUUCACUGCGUGGACAGACAAUGUACUGGACUGAUAAUCGCUUGGAGAAGGUCUUCUCGGCAUCCAGCCGACCCAAUCAGACAUCGAUUUUGCUGUCGCCGACAACAAUCGCUGCUGGUUUGGCAGAUCUCGGCAACGUUGUUGUGUUCGAUGAAUCGGCACAGCCAAAAGCUACAUCACCA